AUGAACAUCUGUGGAAGGGUGUCCGCAGCAUUAACUGUUCAGUUCCUGGCGACUACCAGUUCCGGUAAUGCGGCCGCUAUUAGAGCUUCCUGCGUGUUCAUCUUGUUGCCAAUUUGGAUGUUAGUUUCUGAGAACGAACGAUUACGUGUUUCGCUCACGGCACCUCGCGGGGUGAGAGUAAAUAAUGCGCGCUUGUGUACAAACAUGAUGCGCGGCCGUAAGAUGUGCAUUAUGAGUGUUAUGGGUGAUGCUACAUGCGUGAGCAGCGCGGAAACGCUCCUCACGCAACCGGCCAGUGCGCCGACCAUCACUCCUGCUGCCACUCCAGCAGCGAAGACGACAAGUAAUAGUACGACAACGGAUCCACUAGGGCCGCUGCCAGAAGGUUGGGAGCAGGCUACGACACCAGAAGGUGAAACCUAUUUUAUAAACCAUGCUGCCCGAACAACGUCUUGGUUCGACCCUAGAAUACCACAACACUUACAACGCACGCCGGCGGCAAACGCGGGUCUAGCUGGCGGAGGCUGGGCUAACGCACAACUUCAAGCUUGCCAACAGAAGAUACGCUUACAGUCGCUGCAGCUCGAAAGAGAUCGCUUGAAGCAACGCCAGCAGGAGAUAAGACUCCAGCAAGAGCUGAUGGCGCGGCAGUCCUCGUCGAUAAUGUCGUCGUUGGCGAGCAGCACAGGCGCGGUGGCGAGCACGGAGCUGUCACUCGACCCCUUCUUAUCGGGACUGACUGAACACCAGCGGCAAGAGUCCGCUGACAGCGGGCUGGGCAUGGCGGUACCUCGCGUGGGGGACGGAGACGGCCUGUUCUCCAUCCCGCACACACCCGACGACUUCCUGGCGGGCAUGGAUGACCGCAUGGACUGCAGCAGCGAGGCGGGCGCUAACAUCGACUCCACAGACAUGGCCAUUGGAGACAGCAUCGACCCUACAGACGACUUGGUACCUUCCUUACAGUUGAACGAGUUUACAAACGACAUACUUCUGGACGAUGUGCAGUCUCUGAUAAAUUCGACACCCAGCAAACCAGACAACGUGUUGACUUGGUUGUAA